UUCAUGCGCACAGACGAAUGGAUAGAUGCGCAGAAGAGUAAUUUUAAUAGACGCUCCUUAAGGAUCCGGAUGCAUCUAAAAUAAACAAAUAAAUAUAAAUAGUAAAACAACGUAAUUAUCGUAAAGUGACUUCAAGAUUGGUUAAAAGGUUUUCACUGUUUAAAUUGUUCAUAAUGGACAUGUGGACGCUGUUGGGAAGCAGAGAGUGACGUAAUCAUGUUAAAGGAGACAAAACUUGUAGUGUGCACCUGGACCUCCAGAAAUGACGCUGCACUAAUAAGAAAGAAUGACAUUGACUUCGUGUAGGAUGGUACUCUGACCUGUUCAGUUCGAAAGCACAAAUUUGGAGCUCAGAAGAUUGAUUAAUUAAUUUUAAAUUUGGUGCCGUGGUCAAUAAAGAGUAUAAGCUAUACCUCCGCUCCCUCCAAGUGCCUGCAUAGGCAUGUAGCGGGACGCUUUACUUUACUUACUUAUGACACUUUUGGUAUACAAUCGAGGUUCAUGGAUUACGUCACAGCAAUAUUUACCACCAAUUAAUGAUGUAUCAUGGUUACCAAGCGUUAUGCAUAUGUCUUCGUAGUCCAAAGAUUAGAACGAGAUUAUUGGCCGCUAGAAUAACAGAUCAAAGAUUAGAACAAGACUUUAUAAUUGGUGAAGUGCCCACAUUGCCGAAGGGUAGUGAAAAGCGGAUUAUAACAAAGACAAAAGCAGGAUACGAACUUUUAAGGUGUUUGUGACAGUGACAGGACAAUGAGUCAUUCUGAUGUUGUGCAAAGAGCACGGGAUGCUUUUGAAACAGGACGCACGAGGUCUAUCGAUUUCCGGGAGUCGCAGCUGAAACAGUUGCUACGGAUGUAUGAGGAAAAUACCACCGAAAUGAUCGAAGCACUUGCAAAGGACCUGAAGAAAAGCAAACAGGAAGCCGUGUUGUUUGAAAUCGAGUUUUUGAUAAAUGAAACAAAAAAUGCCCUUUUUCAUUUACGGGAGUGGACACAACCAGAAAAGCCUCCAAAAAGUCUCAUGAAUGUCAUGGAUGGUGUGUUUAUCUACAACGACCCCUAUGGAGUAGUUCUGAUAAUUGGCGCGUGGAACUAUCCUCUUCAGUUGACUCUGCUACCAGUUUCUGGUGCAAUCGCUGCAGGCAACUGUGUCAUCAUUAAGCCAUCUGAAGUUGCUACUGCAUGUGCUCAGCUGAUGGCAAAUCUUAUUCCAAUGUACCUGGAUCAGGAAUGCUUCCAUGUGGUGCUUGGAGGCAUACCAGAGACUACAGAGCUUCUUAAGGAGCGAUUUGAUUACAUAUUUUACACAGGAUCUACAAAUGUUGGGAAAAUUGUAAGGGCUGCAGCCAAUGAACAUCUCACUCCUGUUACACUGGAGCUUGGAGGCAAGAGCCCAGUGUAUAUUGAUAACACUGUAGACAUGGAAGUUGCUGCAAGACGUAUUAUGUGGGGAAAGUGUGCGAAUGCCGGACAGACGUGCAUUGCUCCCGAUUAUAUUUUGUGCUCCAAGGAAGUUCAGGAAGAUUUUGUGGGAAAUGCAAAAACAGCUUUGAAAGAAUUUUAUGGUGAAAAUCCUAAAAACUCACCUGACCUAUGUAGAAUUAUCUCUGACAGACAUUAUCAGCGGCUGGUAGCACUGUUGAACAGUGGAAAAGUAGCAGUUGGUGGUGAAACAGACCCUUCUGAGAGAUUUGUUGCACCAACAAUUUUGGUCGACGUCAAACCAACAGACCCUGUGAUGCAAGAAGAAAUAUUUGGACCUAUUCUUCCCAUUGUCAAUGUGGAAAAUGCGUUUGAUGCCAUCAAAUUCAUCAGAAGUCGUGAACAUCCAUUAAGCAUGUACGUGUUCUCAAAGGAUAAAUCUAUCCAAAACCUGCUUAUUUCACAGCUGAGAUGUGGCUCACUGUGUUUGAAUGACACCUUGAUGCAGUUCGGGGUUGACACUUUACCCUUUGGUGGGGUUGGCAACAGUGGCAUGGGGUCAUACCAUGGUGUGCAUAGUUUCAACACCUUCACGCAUAAGAAGAGUUGUCUUGUUAAAGACUUUAAUCGCUUAGCGGAAAAGUUGGCAUCUCGUAGAUAUCCUCCAUAUUCCGAAAAGAAGACGAACUUUGUGGGAUUCAUCAUGAGAAAAAGAAAAGGCGUGAACCUGAGGUACCUGCCCCAUGUCCUCAUGUUUGCUCUUGGAAUUGCUGUGGCUUACGGAGUAUCAGCAGUUAUCAAGGCUGCUGGACAUGACGACAGUGUGACCCAGUGAGGUUUGCCAGUCUGAUACGGAGUUCGCCGCAGUGUACAGAUAUGUUUUAAUCAAUUUCUUCAAAAGAAAUGUAAGGGAUUUAGUGUCUCUCUUAAUGUACUAUUGUUCAAUCUUUAACAGAAUACAAGUUUUUAUAUUUUUAAGUGAAUCAUAUUUAGCACUGAAGUACCAUAUUUACCUGACUUGAUAUAUUUAACUUAUAUUUAUAUUCAGAAAUAGUAGUUUGUUUUAUAUGUACAAAUUAAGAGAAACACUUGACAUGACUCAAAUGUGUAUGGGGAAAUAGAUAUCUGGCAGUUGCAUACUUCAGAAACCUCACAUCCAUAGUGUUAAAGAUAUAUUUUAAAAGUAGUAAUUGGAUUUUCAUUACUGUUGCACCAUUCUAAUGCUCGCCACUUGUAAUUCCACCACGAUACGAUAGGAAUAGAAAUGAGAAAUAUAUCAAUAACAGUUACUUGAAAAUUGCAAACACUGCCAGUUAGUUAACUGGAUAUCUGAAUUAGUGGUGAUUGGAGACAUACACAUUUCACUGGCAAGCAGCUGUGUAGAUGGCCAAGUAGCUAUUAACCAUGAGAUUUAAGGUUUUCACGGCAGUGAUGAUGAUGAUCUGGGUUUUGGUGCCAUGUGGACUCAUCGGUAGAUGACAGCAUUUCGGGGAAACAUACUCUCUCCAUCUUUAGGGCUAAAACCCUCUGUUUUGUUCCUUUAGUAUCAUAAAUUUAUUUUAAUUCUGAUUAUAACUUCUGUAUUCAUUAAUGGAAGUUUGUGGCUUGAUGAGUAUGGAUUAAUAACCAAAUGUCAGAAAUUAGUAAGUUAAAGAGUUAUUGAAGGUGACUAUUCAGCUACAUAUAAAAUGUGCAAACAAAAUUAUUUUAACGUCAACAAAUUCGUUUCAGAGCUGGUUUAAUACUAAGCAAGCAUUGCAGUCAUGUCAGCACACAAAAGGCUAAGAUUAUUUUAUUCCUAAGUUCAAAUUUGAAUGUACAGAAUAAUGAAGAGCCUGUCACACACAUGCACACAGACAGAGAUUGAGACAAGCUGUUUCUGAAAUAAAUGGCACCAAUUUAAGGGCAUGUUACAUGCCCAAAUUCAAUUAACAAUUUUUGUGUUAAAGUGCAUGAAAGCAUAAGUUCAACCCUGAGCACUUUUCCUUGUGACUGCUAUAGAGAGGCAGAAGGAAAGUGAAGUAGUAAAAUGAUAUGUCUUUAAAAAUUACUGCCAGGAAAUGUGGUUGUCUCAUAUCUGAGUUUAUCAUGUAGUCAGGUAAAUAUGGCAUGUAGGUUUUAUUAUAGCAUUGUUAUUAAGAUAAAGAUAUUCUAUAAAAGUCAUUCUGUAUAUGUUAUUGUUUCUCACUCCAAGUCAUUUCAGGUGACAUAACAAGAAAUGUAAUGAUGUAAAACAUUUGGCAUGGAAACCUUAGUGAGUAACUAAAGAGUUGAAAUGAGAUGUUUCCUACAUUGUACAUUUGAAGGUGACAAGUCUGUGAUAAAUUGUAAAGUGUUAAAACACUUAGGUCUGAUCUUUCAAAUGCCACAUCUGUGUUACAGAUGGAGAAUAAUUUUCUGUUCUAUUAAUGGUCUGGAGCAUAUAUGUUAUGUAUUAAAAAUUUGUGAUUAAAGUACUACUGUCAAAUCUGAA